AUGGCGUCAACACCUAGCUUGAUCGUUAGCUUCGGAGAGAUGCUGAUUGACUUCGUGCCCACUGUUUCAGGCGUCUCAUUAGCCGAAGCUCCGGGCUUCCUCAAAGCUCCCGGUGGUGCACCGGCGAACGUCGCGAUCGCCGUCGCCAGGCUUGGCGGGAAGGCCGCCUUCGUCGGAAAAUUGGGCGACGAUGAAUUCGGGCACAUGCUUGCCGGGAUUCUCAAGGAGAACGGCGUCUCCGGCGACGGAAUCAACUUUGACCAGGGUGCUAGAACUGCUCUGGCCUUCGUAACUCUACGCGCCGACGGCGAGCGUGAGUUUAUGUUCUACCGGAAUCCCAGUGCCGAUAUGUUGCUCACUCCGGAUGAAUUGAAUCUUGAACUCAUUAGAUCUGCAAAAGUCUUUCACUAUGGAUCAAUAAGCUUGAUAGUGGAGCCAUGCCGAUCUGCACAUUUGAAGGCAAUGGAAGUUGCAAAGGAAGCUGGGGCUUUACUUUCUUAUGACCCAAACCUUCGUCUCCCACUCUGGCCUUCGGCUGAGGCAGCGAAGGAGGCGAUUUUGAGCAUUUGGGAAAAGGCUGACGUGAUCAAAGUUAGCGAUGUCGAGCUAGAGUUCCUCACCGGAAGUGACAAAAUCGACGAUGAAUCUGCACUGUCCCUCUGGCACCCUAACUUGAAACUCCUCUUAGUAACCCUUGGAGAAAAGGGGUGCAACUACUACACUAAGAAUUUCCAUGGAUCCGUGGGUACAUUUCAUGUCAAUACCGUUGAUACAACUGGAGCCGGCGAUUCUUUCGUGGGAGCUCUGCUGACUAAGAUCGUUGACGACCAAGCUAUCCUCGAGGACGAAUCAAGGUUGAAGGAAGUACUCACAUUUGCAUGUGCAUGUGGAGCUAUAACAACUACCAAAAAGGGGGCAAUCCCUGCACUACCUACUGAAUCUGAAGCUCUCGCUCUUAUCAAGGGAAACUAA